AAAUGGUCCUCACUAAUUAGAAGUGAACCUCUACAACGUGGAUUGGAUACAAUGGAACUGCAUGUGAAACAGGACCACUUUUGGAUAUACUUUCAACUUACAAUUAACAGCAAAACAAUAAACAACGAAGAGAGAGAGAGAGAGAGGAAGUAACCGUAAAGAUUUGAGAGAAGAAGAAUGGCUACUUUGUCAGCUUGGCCUUGGGGAAACUACGGCAAUCUAAAGUAUCUUCUAUACGCUGCGUUAGCUGCACAAGUAGUGUAUUCAUUAGCAUACCAAGAAGAUUACUCGAGGGCUUUUUGGUGUCUCAAUAUCCUCAUCAGCUGUGGACUCAAAGGAAUCGUACACGUCUUUUGGAGCUCUUACAACAACAUGCUUUUCUUGACUCGUACGUUAAGGAUUAACCCUAAUGGUGUUGACUUCAAACAGAUUGAUCACGAAUGGCACUGGGACAAUUACAUACUUCUGCAAGCAGUACUAGCUACCAUGAUCUGUUACAUGUCUCCUCCGUUGAUGAUGAUUAACAGUACUAUCCCUCUGGCCAUCCCUCUGUGGAACACGAAAGGACUCAUCAUGUUGCUUGUGCUACACGUUACCUUCUCAGAGCCUUUAUACUACUUUCUUCAUAGAUCUGUUCACCGUAACAACUACCUCUUCACGCAUUACCACUCUUUUCACCACUCAUCUCCUGUUCCAAAUCCCAUGACUGCAAAUAAUGCGACAUUACUGGAAAGCCUUUUCCUCUGUGUAGUAGCUGGAGUUCCUUUGAUUGUUUCUUGCUUGUUAGGUGUUGGAUCAAUAAGCUUGAUCUAUGGAUACGCUAUUAUGUUUGACUUCCUAAGAUGUUUAGGACAAUGUAACGUAGAGAUCUUCUCUCACAAGCUAUUUGAGUCUCUUCCAAUCCUACGAUAUCUCAUCUACACUCCAACGUACCAUGGUCUGCAUCACGAAGACAUGGGGACUAAUUUUUGUCUGUUUAUGCCUAUCUUUGAUGUUUUGGGCAACACACUAAACCCAAACUCGUGGGAACUCCAAAAGAAGAUUCGUUUGGCUGCAGGGGAACCGAAGAGAGUGCCGGAGUUUGUUUUCUUGGCUCAUGGGAUAGAUAUUAUGUCAGCGAUGCACUCGCCAUUCGUGUUUAGAUCGUUCGCUUCAAUGCCAUACACGACAAGGCUCUUCUUGCUGCCGCUGUGGCCAGUGACGUUGAUGGUAACGUUGGCCAUGUGGGUUUGGUCAAAGACAUUUCUUUUCACCUUCUACACCCUCAGGAACAAUCUUUGCCAGACUUGGGUCGUUCCAAGAGUUGGCUUCCACUACUUCUUACCGUUUGCUAAACAAGGCAUUAAUAAUCAUAUAGAGGCGGCAAUUCUGAGAGCUGAUAAGCUUGGUGUUAAAGUUAUAAGCUUGGCUGCUCUGAACAAGAACGAAGCUUUAAAUGGUGGUGGAACGUUGUUUGUUAACAAGCACCCUGACCUUAGAGUUCGUGUGGUCCACGGCAACACUUUAACCGCAGCAGUGAUUCUCAAUGGAGUUCCAAAAGAUGUGAAAGAGGUGUUCUUGACAGGAGCCACUGCCAUCGCUCUUUACCUCUGUCGUCGGGGAGUGAGAGUUCUCAUGUUGACAUUAUCAGCGGAGAGAUUCCAAAAUAUUCAGAAAGAAGCUCCUGCUGAGUUCCAGAACUACCUCGUACAAGUGACCAAAUAUAACUCUGCCCAACACUGCAAGACUUGGAUCGUUGGGAAAUGGUUAACGCCGAGGGAGCAGAGCUGGGCUCCUGCAGGAACGCAUUUCCACCAGUUUGUGGUGCCACCAAUCCUCAAGUUUAGAAGGAACUAUACUUACGACGAACUAGCAGCAGUGAGGCUCCCAAAAGACGUUCAAGGACUCGGAACCUGCGAGUACACGAUGGACAGAGGGGUGGUCCAUGCGUGCCAUGCUGGAGGAUUGGUUCAUAUGUUGGAGGGUUGGGAGCAUCAUGAGGUUGGAGCCGUUGACGUUGAACGUAUUGAUCUGGUGUGGGAAGCAGCCAUGAGACACGGUCUUAGCUCUCUAUCUUCACUCACAGACUGAGUGGGAGAGACCGUUUGAUGUUGUCUUUGAUUCUUCCAAGAUUGGCCAUUCUUUGUACAGGUGAAAAAUGCAAGCAUGGAAAACAAGUUGAAUUUCACCUUAUGUUAUUGAUUCACCUUUUAUUAAAAUGUAUUUCCUAUGUUCCACUGAAAUGGAUGUUUUACAAUUUUCACACACUUCAAAAUAAGUUUGUCAUACCAAAAAUAAAGAUUUUUAAUAUCAUAAUUUCAAAAGAACUAA